AUGACUGUAUCUCACUAUACACUUUUCGAUAUCCCCUCCGGCAAGGCACCAUCGGUGACAUGGACGCCGAACCCCUGGAAGACUCGCCUUCUUCUGAACUUCAAAGGACUCGACCACCAAACCCAAUGGUCAAUGAAGGUCGAGUACCCAGACAUCAAGCCCACACUGGAAAGCCAUGUCGCACCCAACGAAAAGGGGAUGCCAUACUCAAUUCCUACCAUCGCUAGUCCUGAUGGAACGUAUGUGAUGGACUCGCGCAAGAUCGCAAACUACAUUGAGAGCAAGCACCCCCUUCCCUCUCUCCACUUGGACUCUGUCUACCUUGAGAAGGUUGAGCGCCUCUGGUCUCAAUACAUGGGUGCAAUUAUGCCCAUUUUCUUGCCUCGGGUCCCAAAGCAGGUUCUCAACCAGGAAAGUGUGCCUUACUGGAACAAGACUCGUGAAGAGUGGAUCGGAAUGUCGUUGGAUCAAUUGAGCCAGGAGAAGGGCGGCGAAAAGGCUUGGAAUCAGGCAGAGCCAAUUCUCCGUGAAGUCACAGCUUUGUUAAAGGAGAAUGAGGGGCCUUUCUUCUUGGGAGACACUCCUAGCUAUGCUGAUUUGACGUGGGGCAGUAUCAUCCUCUUCCACCAGGCCCUUGGGCAGGAUGUCUUCGAUGAGGCAUUGAAGAGAGGCGGAGAUGCACAGGUUCUUCUGGAUCUGCUGAAGGCUAUCCAACCUUGGGUCUAG